UUUCUGAAAUGUCUGCAGUAGACGAAAUAACACGGUUUAAACUAUGGGCUACAAAACUUGGUUGUCCCUUGGAAAAAAUUCCACCGGAUGAAACCCUCCGAAAGUAUAUCCGCGGAAAGCAAAGUAUUGUAUUCGAACAUAUCACUAGAGAAAUUCGUCCCCGGCAAGAAAUUGCUUCCAUGCGAAAUAACAUUUUGGUAGCCAAGUUACAUCAGUAUCAGAAACUGGGCAAUGUUGUGGCUAAAUCCAAAUUAAACCAAAUGCCUGAGGAAUUGAAGCGAUUUGAACAGAUAGAAAAGCUGAAGGCUAAAUGUAACGAGACAGAAUCUCGGAUUGCCAACUUUAAGAAUGUUCUGAAAUCUGUUACAGGAAAAAUCAAGCAAAAGAAUAUUCAAAAAGUAAAUCUUACUACAAAACUGUCUGAGACAGACGAUAAAUUAUGCUACCUGAAAGCAGUAAACAGCGCUUUGAUAAAGAUGUCAAAGAAGGAGGUCGAAAUUAAGGAAACUAUUGAUCACCUGAUGCCUGUUAAAAUGCACGACAAUUCGAAAAACAAGUCUGAUGCUGUUAAUGCAAUUCAACAAUGCCUGCAGUAUCUGGAAGAGUUUUACAUUAAAUUUUCUGAUCUGAAACAGGAAGGAUGUAAGCAGGCUCAACAGGUCCUCUGGAAUAACAUGAGAACUGCCCUGGCGGGUAUUCCCAACUAUCACCUUUGGACUGUGCUGAUGGAGAUGAAGGAAAAACAAUUGCUGGAAAUAGCUGAAGUGGAUCGGCAUCAGAAUGAGCUAGAAAAGGCAGUAACUUUGUCGGAUCACGAUAUGCUUCAAGUGAAUAUGGCAAAACUGUGUGGAUCACAUAUAAAUCUAUUCAUUGAUCUUGUUUCUAUGAAGCAUUCCGUUCAAUCGCUACGCGAGGAAUAUUUGGCCAAAUAUACUCCUUUUUCACAAAUGUUGGAAACCAAAAUGAAUCUGCUAAAUACGAUGGAUGACGAAGCUGAUUCAAUACUGGAGGAUUAUAUGCUUCAAUCUACUACAAAAGACUAUAACCAGGGACAAUUAGAAUUCCUUAGCAAGGAAAUCGAACGCAAGCGACAGGAGAUAAACAUUCAGAGUAAAAAGCUAGACAAUCAUGAGCAGCUUCUUGCUCAGUUAAGAGAUAUCUACGGUGAAGUGGACGCUCAUUCAGCUCGUAUUCAAGAGGAAAUUCAGCUACUAAACCAAAUCAAGGAAAAAAUUACUUACGUUAAGCGUUACAGUCGCUACACAGUCUACAACAUGCGACAGAAGACUGGAAAUCAAACAUUGAAUCUCAGCGAACAAUCCAUGAUGAGCGUCACGCGAUUGGAAAGCAAACCAAUUUCUCCCGGUCUCAUCUAUUCUCCGGCAGCGGUUCCACCUUUACGAAAUGAGCUGGCCCUCCUAACCGGCAUACCAUUUCACAAAUUUAACCGUUCGAAAUACACGAUUUUCUCUUUGGACACUCACGUCUGCAUUUCGAUGGCGAGCGGCGAAUGCGCACCGCUUUUGACACUGUUGCCGGCGUGCUUCUCAUCAGCUGAGCACUCUCUGCAAGCGGUUAAAGCGAUUAUAAAGCUUGAUGACCUGGUUAAAAGCUUUCAGCAGGAUAUUCGACCAGAGCUGGAUACAGUUACUGUGGACGAUGACCAAUACCGUCAGCUGUGGCAAGCGAAUCAUGAAAAAAUAUGUGAAUACCUUGACGAGACGGAAGCGCUUCUGGGGAAUGCUCAGCAAGUGAUUGAAAAAAGUCGCACCUAUUACAAUUUCGUACUAGCCAAUGCAUUACGGAAGUACGUCCCACCGGAGAAGCUGUUCAAUGGACGAAAUUAUCGCGAAUAUGAAAAUGAGUACAUGAUGUACUAUCGGAUGAUUAACGGAACAAUGGCAGGAAAAUGAAUUGG